AUGGCUAUUCUAUCGACCAUAAAACGUAAUGGUUCCUAUUUAUGGGAAUAUAUCCAAGACAUAAUAGAGGAACCAAAACGACAACGUCGUUUAAUUAUGAUUAUUGUCUGUGUGGCAUUAUUACUUGAUAAUAUGUUAUAUAUGGUCAUUGUACCGAUUAUCCCAGAUUAUUUACGAAGUAUUGGCGCAUGGACCCCGAGUGGUAAUACAACAAAUACAACAAAAAAUAUGGAUGAUGAUGAUUCUGAGGAUGUUGCAGUUGGAACAUUGUUUGGUUCAAAAGCCAUUGUUCAGCUAAUUGUUAAUCCAUUUAGUGGUGCAUUUAUUGAUCGAAUUGGAUAUGAUAUACCAAUGUGUAUCGGUUUAGUGGUCAUAUUCUUCUCAACAUCAACAUUUGCUUUUGGUAAAUCAUAUGGUCUCCUCUUUCUGGCACGUUCUAUGCAAGGUGUUGGUUCGGCAUUUGCUGAUACAGCUGGCUUGGCAAUGAUUGCUGAUCGUUAUCAAGAUGAAUCGGGACGUAGUAAAGCACUUGGAAUUGCACUAGCUUUCAUCUCUUUUGGUAGUUUAGUUGCACCACCCUUUGGAGGUAUAUUGUAUGAAUUUUUUGGUAAACGCGUUCCAUUUAUUGUAUUAGCCAUGAUUGCAUUGUUAGACGGUGUACUGUUAUUUAUUGUUAUGCGUCCUACACGUCUUGCCGAAGCAUUUCAUUAUUCUAGUCACAAUUCAAUAUCAAAGCCAAAAGGUACCCCUAUUUGGCGGUUGUUAGUCGAUCCAUAUAUAGCUGUUUGUGCUGGAGCAUUGGCAAUGGCCAAUGUUAGUCUAGCUUUUUUAGAGCCAACUAUAUCAAUAUGGAUGCGUGAUCAAAUGCAAGCAACUGAAUGGCAAAUGGGUUUAAUAUGGCUGCCAGGUUUUAUUCCUCACGUUUCAGGUGUUUAUUUAACUGUGAAACUAAAUGAACGUUAUCCGCAAUAUCAAUGGUUAUUAGCUGCUGUUGGUCUCUCAUUACAAGGCAUUAUGUGUGUAUUUAUACCAUUUUGCAAAGGUUUUGGUUCAUUGAUGAUACCCAUCUGUGGCAUUUGUUUCGGUAUUGCUCUGGUUGAUACUGCUCUAUUGCCGACAUUAGCCUAUUUGGUAGAUGUACGACAUACAUCAGUGUACGGCAGUGUUUAUGCCAUUGCAGACAUAUCUUAUUCACUUGCUUAUGCCAUGGGACCAAUUGUAGCUGGCAGUAUAGUUUAUGCAACAAAUUUUUUGACAUUAAACAUUUUGAUAUUUCUCAGUAACAUUGCUUACGCACCCGUACUCUAUAUACUGAGAAAUUUUUAUCAAUAUAAACCCAUGGAAAAUACAGAGCUCGAUAAUUUCGCACAUAGUGAUAUUAAUAAUGUUGAUUCAAAACACAAUAUAACUUAUCAACAUUCCUCGUAUAACAACAAUGAUAAUACUGUCGUUAAUCCAAAUCCGUCGCCGUGGCUUGCUGGUGGUAGUAGCGGAACGUCAUCACAAUUAAAUCUAGGUCAGCAUGGAACCGUUAAGUAUAUUAGUCAAGCUGUAGGUUCGCAUAGAGAUACAGGAAAUUUAAUCGGCCGUAUAGAAGAGGACGAUUAUUAA